AUGGGGACGGGAUCUCAUAUCAUCAGAGUCAAGUGGGGCAUGGAGCAGAUGAGGAGGCCGUGUGCGUUUACAGUGUGGAGAGAGGGACCGCGGGCUGUUCCAGGGGCCAUUUCUGCACAGACACAUCUCACACUUCUACACAGAGGCUACUCCACCCCUGCUGCUGUGACCCGUCCUGCUCCACCCAGAGGCUACUCCACCUCUGCUGCUGUGACCCGUCCUGCUCCACCCAGAGGCUACUCCACCUCUGCUGCUGUGACCCGUCCUGCUCCACCCAGAGGCUACUCCACCUCUGCUGCUGUGACCCGUCCUGCUCCACCCAGAGGCUACUCCACCUCUGCUGCUGUGACCCGUCCUGCUCCACCCAGAGGCUACUCCACCUCUGCUGCUGUGACCCGUCCUGCUCCACCCAGAGGCUACUCCACCUCUGCUGCUGUGACCCGUCCUGCUCCACCCAGAGGCUACUCCAUCUCUGCUGCUGUGACCCGUCCUGCUCCACCCAGAGGUUACUCCACCUCUGCUGCUGUGACCCGUCCUGCUCCACCCAGAGACUACUCCACCUCUGCUGCUGUGACCCGUCCUGCUCCACCCAGAGGCUACUCCACCUCUGCUGCUGUGACCCGUCCUGCUCCACCCAGAGGCUACUCCACCUCUGCUGCUGUGACCCGUCCUGCUCCACCCAGAGGCUACUCCACCUCUGCUGCUGUGACCCGUCCUGCUCCACCCAGAGGCUACUCCAUCUCUGCUGCUGUGACCCGUCCUGCUCCACCCAGAGGCUACUCCACCUCUGCUGCUGUGACCCGUCCUGCUCCACCCAGAGCUACUCCACCUCUGCGGCUUGGCUACUCCACCUCUGCUGCUGUGACCCGUCCUGCUCCACCCAGAGGCUACUCCACCUCUGCUGCUGUGACCCGUCCUGCUCCACCCAGAGGUUACUCCACCUCUGCAGAUGUGACCCGUCCUGCUCCACCCAGAGGCUACUCCCCCCCUGCUGCUGUGACCCGUCCUGCUCCACCCAGAGGCUACUCCACCUCUGCUGCUGUGACCCGUCCUGCUCCACCCAGAGGCUACUCCACCUCUGCUGCUGUCACCUGUCCUGCUCCACCCAGAGGCUACUCCACCUCUGCUGCUGUGACCCGUCCUGCUCCACCCAGAGGCUACUCCACCUCUGCUGCUGUGACCCGUCCUGCUCCACCCAGAGGUUACUCCACCUCUGCUGCUGUGACCCGUCUUGCUCCACCCAGAGGCUACUCCACCCCUGCUGCUGUGACCCGUCCUGCUCCACCCAGAGGCUACUCCACCUCUCCUGCUGUGACCCGUCCUGCUCCACCCAGAGGCUACUCCACCUCUGCUGCUGUGACCCGUACUGCUCCACCCAGAGGCUACUCCACCUCUGCUGCUGUGACCCGUCCUGCUCCACCCAGAGGCUACUCCACCUCUGCUGCUGUGACCCGUCCUGCUCCACCAAGAAGCUACUCCACCUCUGCUGCUGUGACCCGUCCUGCUCCACCCAGAGGCUACUCCACCUCUGCUGCUGUGACCCGUCCUGCUCCACCCAGAGGCUACUCCACCUCUGCUGCUGCUGUCACCUGUCCUGCUCCACCCAGAGGCUACUCCACCUCUGCUGCUGUGACCCAGCCUACUCCACCUCUGCGGCUGUGA